AAUAUCAUGCAAAUAAAUGAACUAUUGUAAUGAAAUCAUAAAUCUUGUGAAAUAAUAAAGCAUGUGAGUUUUAAGAACAGAAUUAACUAGGUAAGAAUCAGCAAGAUGAACAGGUCUCUGGUGAAUGAAUGACAAUGACUUGCCAGUGAGCAUUUCAUACUAUUUUUGUAGAGAUAAAAAUGAGGUUUUUAAUGGCUAAUUAACAAAGAAUGUAAAUGGUACAAUAUAUUUUGAGAGUCCAUGAAGAAUUAAUUGUUUUGAAGUAUGUUGCAUCUGCAGGUUUUUAAACAUGGUUUACAGCAACCAAAUUAUUAUUUUCCCCCUUUAGCAAACAGGAAGAGCUAGAGAGAGCCAGCAUGUCUAAUUCCAGACUAAUGCCUUCCCCCAUUUGUUUGGUGGAGAAUGUGAGCGGAUCGCUCUGCGUCUGUAAGGAUGCCAUUGAGUUCCUGAGUAGGAUCAAGGAGCCGGUGGUUGUAGUGUCUGUGGUGGGACUCUACCGUACGGGGAAGUCCUACCUUAUAAACCGCUUGGCAGGACAACAGUCAGGCUUUGCUCUCGGUAACACUACUGAGUCGAAAACCAAAGGUAUCUGGAUGUGGUGUGUCCCUCACCCCUAUAAAGAAGGACACACUCUGGUGCUGCUGGACACAGAGGGACUCGGUGAUGUGGAGAAGGGAGACUCUAAGAAUGACGGCUGGAUCUUCUGUCUGGCUGUUCUGCUCAGCAGCACUCUGGUGUACAACAGCCGCGGCACCAUCGAUAACAAUGCAGUGGAGAAGCUGCACUAUGUUAGUGAGCUCGCUGAGAAGAUCAAGAUUGAAUCGGUAGAAGCAGCAGAAGAGGAAGAGGAAGAUUCAAAAUAUGUGAUUUUCUUCCCAUCAUUCAUCUGGGUGGUUAGAGAUUUCACCUUGGAACUGGUAAUUGAUGGAAAGAAAGUGACUGAGGACGAGUACCUUGAGUUUGCCCUCCAGCUGAAGAAAGGUGUAAAUAAGAAAAUCAGUGACUACAACCUGCCCCGUCAAUGCAUCCGAACCUAUUUCCCAUCCCGGAACUGUUUCGUGUUCCCAUCUCCAGCCUCACCUGAAAACAUGACACGCUUAGAAAGCUUGCAAGAAUGGGACCUUGUACCAGAUUUUCUGGAGGUCACAGAUCGUUUUUGUGACCACAUCUUUGACAAGAGUUUAGUGAAAACACUGAAAGGAGGACACAAAGUUACUGGCAAAUUGCUCGGGAAUCUGGUGCAGAUUUAUGUGGAUACAAUCAGCAGUGGGAAGGUGCCCUGUCUGGACAAUGCAGUGGUUACUCUGGCAAAUCUAGAGAACCAGGCAGCUGUUCAAGAAGCUUUCAAAGUGUAUCAGAGUGGGAUGGAAGAGGUGAAGAACAAGUUCCCAGUAAGUGUGGAUGAUAUUUCCUCAGAGCACCAGAAGUUCAGCAGUCUGGCCACCGCUGAGUUCAUGAAACGCUCCUUUAAAGAUGAAAAAGGAGAAUACCUAACAAAACUGGUGAGGAGAAGGAGAAGAAUGCUCUGCUGGAGCAGAAGUGCAAAGAGGAAAAGGAGAAACAGAUUGAGAGUGAACGGAUGAGGGUGGCAGAAAAAGAGCGGCUAGAGGAUCAAAUGAGGCAGAUGAAGGAGAAGUUCAGACAGGAGAUGGAGCAGCAGCAGCAGGAGAUGGACAGAGCCAUUGAGAGCAAACUGAAGGAGCGGGAGGAGUUGCUAAACAAAGGCU